CGUCGAUCACGUGUGCGGGGAAGCAAACACCGCAUACGGGGCCGUUAGUAGCGCUCGGCGUAUGAAGAUUACAUAUCCAACCAACCGUUGCUCGGAGUACGCGGGCUGAUUAAUUCCCAAUGGGCAAAACCCCUCUUUACUUGGGUUUUCUCCCUCGGAUAUAUUCUUCCUGCGCGUCCUAUAAUUAUAGAAAGAGUUGCAGGCUUUUCUUUUGUUCAUUUUCUUCUAGACCAGAUCUCUCCACUCUCACUAUGACAGGUCCGCAGAUUCCCGAUCCCCCACAUGUCCAGGCGGAUUCAAUGCUCGCACGCAGGUUUGGAAAGGAGACGGUGAACUACUUCUCUAGUUCACCGUUGAAUCGUCUCUCUUUUCUCCGUACCGAACAUCCCUUCCUUUCCGCUGCCAUCAAGCACCCUGGCACGCGCUUCCUGCUCCUCAAGGACCUUGCACCUCUGGCAAGAUCACCUUCUGAGCUGUAUUUUGCGCACUAUGACGAAGUCAAGAGCAUCGUCCGUCCGGACAUCUACGACAAGUCUGAAGAAGAGAUGCUCAAGGAGUAUGACUCGCGCAAAACCGACCCACAACUGAUCUUCCUCGGUGUGGACGAGGAGCGCAAGAACAAUGCUAUGAGCUGGAAGAUCUACAGUGGUGUUCCAUAUUUCGCUUUGGAUCUCAGUGCUAGAGGAUCAGAGGAGCAGCAGGCGCACGCCAAAUCGAUCGUUGAAGCUCUGGAGGCCAAAGGAACCAAGUUCCUGCAAUCGCGCAUGAUCAUGACCCUGCCUGCGGAUGAAGCCGCGAUCUUUGCCCAGGCUCGCGCCCUCAUGGACUGGAACAUGCGCAACACCUUCUGUGGUACCUGCGGUCAUACUACGUUGUCUGCGAAUGCGGGCGCCAAGCGGGUUUGUCCGCCCACGGAUGCUGCGCGCGCAGCAAAAGGGAAGCCUAUCGAACGACCGCCAUGCAAUACACGGACGACAAUUUCCAAUCUCUCUUUCCCCCGUACUGACCCUACUAUCAUCGCCGCCGUACUCUCAGCCGAUGGAAAGCGGAUUCUCCUGGGCCGCUCGAAACGCUUUCCACCAAACUGGUACUCGACUCUGGCAGGGUUCGUCGAACCAGCUGAAUCUGUCGAGGAUGCCGUCCGACGUGAAGUCUGGGAAGAAGCAGGAGUUACGCUAUCGCGUGUUGUGAUCCAUUCGUCUCAACCCUGGCCAUACCCCGCGAACCUGAUGAUAGGAGCCAUUGCGCAGGUCAGUGACCCGGCCCACGAGACGAUUAGCCUCGCACAUGACCCUGAGCUGGAAGAUGCUCGAUGGUUCGAAAUUCCUGAGGUCGAAGAAGCCCUUAGAACAGGCACCAGCGCCUUGGGUGACCCUCCGGGUCCGGAAUACAAAGAGGGCAGCCUCAGAAUUCCUCCCCCUACGGCCAUCGCAAACCAGCUCAUUCAAGCUGCAAUUAAUUCGGAAUAUGUAUCGGGAGAGAAGACAUCGAAGAUGUAGAGGAUGUUUUCUUUCUUGACCUGAAACAUGGCAGUAUAUAGGCGCAUGCUUGUUCCCAACUGAUUGAGGACUUAGGCUGUGGCCAUAUAAAAUAGUUCACGUUAUAUGUAGGAGUUGUGUGGGGAGUCCGGGGAGUCCGGGGGCCGAGGUGACUGACAGGUCUGAUGGCGUUCUGAAGGAGAGUUCAUGCAUAAGAUUGCACCGAUAUAUAGAUAUGUCCUCGUUAUAGACUAGGCUAUAAAUCACGACAGUCGAUGACAGACA